AAAUUUACCAAGCCCCUUUAAUUGAUUAUAGGAAGGGGCUGUUCUGUUCUUUUCAUCCUUGUUUUUCCCUGUGGCCCGGAGAAAAGACUGCUUCCACACCCUGUUUCCCAUCUCUGUUCCCCCUUACUCACUGCUAUCCAACAGAAAUCGAUCUCGAGGAGCAGAAAAAGAGGAACUUUGUCUAUUUCUUCAGUCCAUUUCCAUCCUGCUUUUCGGUUGCUUUUGGAUCACAAAAAACGGCUGAGGGCAUUGGGGAUCCCCAUCUUUAAUUUGGGCUCUGUUUGCCUAAAAAGAAUUAAAAAUGGCCGAGAAUGUGGUGGAGUCGGGCCCGCCUUCAGCCAAGAGGCCUAAACUCUCUUCACCGGCGCUCUCUGUCUCUGCAAGCGAUGGCACAGAUUUUGGAUCUCUCUUUGAUUUGGAACAUGACUUACCAGAUGAACUUAUCAGCUCUACAGAACUGGGACUCACUAAUGGUGGUGACAUUAAUCAACUGCAGACUAGCCUUGGUAUGGCACAAGAUGCUGCUUCUAAACACAAACAGUUGUCAGAACUGCUACGAGCUGGCAGCUCACCAAACCUUAAUAUGGGAGUUGCUGGGCCAGCACAGAAUAUGGCCAGUCAACCACAACAGAACAAUCCUGGAAUGGGAAUCUUAAACAGUAUGGUCAAAAGUCCCAUGGCACAGGCUGCAAUGACAUCUCCAAAUUUGGGGAUGGGUACAGGUGGGCCAAAUCAAGGUCCAUCAACUCAGUCCACUGCAGGAAUGAUGCCAACAGUGAAUAGUCCAGUAAAUCAGCCUGGAAUGGGAAUGAAUGCAGGAAUAAAUGCUGGCAUGAAUCCUGGUAUGUUGUCUGCAGGAAAUGGGCAAGGAAUGAUGCAAGGACAAGUUAUGAACGGUUCAAUUGGAGCUGGAAGAGGACGUUCCAAUAUGUCAUAUCCAAACCCAGGAAUGGGAAAUGCUGGUACUCUAAUUGCAGAGACAUUACAGCAAGGUUCUCCUCAAAUGGGAGGGCAGGCGAACUUGAGAGGUCCACAGCCUGGAGCAAUGAACAAGAUGGGAAUGAUGAACAACCCCAGUCCUUAUGUCCCGCCAUAUAGCCAAAACACUGGGCAGCCAAUUGGAGCCAGUGGACUUGGUCCCCAGAUGCAAAAUAAGCCGGUAUUACCUAACAGUUUGCCACAGUUUCCAAUGGACAAGAAACCAGUGCCUGCUCCUGUGAUGCCUAACAUGUGUCAGCAGCAGCAGACUCCUUCAGUUCAGCAGGCUAGUAUGGUAUCAACUGCUAUGGGAUCAGGAGCACCUACAGCAGAUCCAGAAAAACGCAAGCUUAUACAGCAGCAACUUGUUCUCCUCUUGCAUGCUCACAAAUGUCAGCGGAGGGAGCAAGCAAAUGGAGAAGUACGACAGUGUAACCUCCCUCACUGUCGAACCAUGAAGAAUGUCCUCAACCACAUGACACAUUGCCAGGCUGGAAAAUCCUGUCAGGUGGCUCAUUGUGCAUCUUCACGACAAAUCAUAUCUCACUGGAAGAAUUGUACCCGGCAUGAUUGUCCUGUGUGUCUUCCUCUUAAAAAUGCCGGGGAUAAAAGAAACCAACAAUCAUUAUUAGGUGGUGCUGCAGUAGGAAUUGGAAAUUCUGGUUCAGUGGGAGUAGGGCAGCAGACAACACCCAACAUAAAUGCUACUAACCAGAUUGAUCCCAGCUCUAUUGAGAGGGCUUAUGCAGCUUUGGGGCUGACAUAUCAAGGAAAUCAGAUGCCAACGCAGACACAGGCUCAAGUGAAAAGUCAGCAGCAAGGACAGUCACCACAAGGGCUUCGCCCGAUGAAUCCCACAAGUGCUAAUCCUAUGGGAGUGAAUGGAGGAGUUGGAGUUCAAGCCCAGAAUCUGCUACCAGAUUCAAUGUUGCAUUCAGCUGUAAAUUCUCAAAAUCCUAUGUUGAAUGAAAAUGCAAAUGUUGCUGGUCUGGGGGCCAUGCCAACUGCAACACAUCCUUCUGGUAUUGGAAUGCGAAAACAGUGGCAUGAAGAUAUUACUCAGGAUCUCAGAAACCACCUUGUUCAUAAACUAGUACAAGCCAUAUUUCCAACUCCUGAUCCUGCAGCACUGAAAGAUAGGCGUAUGGCGAAUCUUGUCUCCUAUGCUCGGAAAGUUGAAGGGGACAUGUAUGAAUCUGCAAAUAGCAGGGCAGAGUACUAUCACUUACUAGCAGAGAAAAUUUAUAAAAUCCAGAAGGAAUUGGAGGAAAAGAGAAGGACUAGAUUGCAGAGGCAAAAUAUGAUACCAAAUGCUCCAGUCAUGCCACCGGCUCCUAUGAGUCAAGGACCCAUGGGGCAGCCACAGCCUGGAAUGACAGCAAAUGGUCCUCUUCCUGACCCAAAUAUGAUCCGUUCCAAUGUGCCAAACCAAAUGGUAAAUCGCAUGCAGACACCACCAGGAAUGAAUCAGUUUGGCCCAAUAACUAUGUCGAUGCCAUCAGUUGGACCCCGGCAAACCCCUCCUCUUCCACACCCUGGACAGCUAAACCAGACUGGGAAUAUAAAUCAGAUUGGAUUUUCUCCACGUAUGCAACCACAAGGGGUUGGUCAGUCUUCUGGUCAAAGUCAGUUUGUACCACAGAACCAAUUUCCUGCAUUGUCCCCUGGAAUGACUCCAGCUAACGCACCUAUGACUCAACCUGCCAAUCAGACUCCAGCUUCUCAAGCACAAAUGACCAACUCUUCAUGUCCUGUAACAUCUCCAGCAGUGGCUCCUGGCUCUCAAGGGGGUCAUAUUCAUUGUCCCCCCAUUCCACAGUCUGCAUUGCAUCGUAACUCUCCUUCUCCAGUACCAAGUCGUACUCCUACACCUCAUCAUACACCCCCAGGAUUGGUUUCCCAGCAGCAGCAGCAGCAGCAGCAGCAGCCACCUGCACCACAACAGGCAACUAUUGCCUCUGUCCCUGCUGCUGUUUCUCAAAUACCACCUUCUGGGCCCCAGUCACAAACUAUGCACCCCUCUCAGAGGCAAACUCCAACACCCCCACAGGCUCAGUUGACUCCUCAAGUGCAGCCUCCGGUUUCUGUUACCCCUUCUGCAGAGCAGCAGUUGCCACAGCAACCUCUUUCACAACAGAGCACAACUGCAUCUGUACCCACCCCAACUGCGACACUGCAACCUCAACACCCUACAACACCUCUUUCCCAACCAGGUGCAAAUAUUGAUGGGCAGGUAUCAAAUCCACCAUCCACCAGCAGUGCAGAAGUAAACAUUCAGCAAGCUGCUCCUGAGCAGCAGCAACAGCAGCAACAAACUUUACCUGAAAUUAAAAUGGAAGUUAAAAUGGAAGAGGAGGACUCUGAACACACAGAUCAUCAAAUAGAUGAGAAACCAGAGAUUAAAGUAGAACCCCUAGCAGAUGAAUGUAAAUCUGAACCAAUGCAACAGGAGGAAAAGAAACCAGAAAUGAAGCAAGAAGUAAAGGAAGAGGAGGAAAGGCCUAGUACUCCAGGUACCCAGUCUUCACCAGCUUCUGGACAGUCAAAGAGAAAAAUUUUCAAGCCAGAAGAGUUGAGACAGGCACUUAUGCCAACUUUGGAGGCACUAUAUCGCCAGGAUCCAGAGUCCCUUCCUUUCCGGCAGCCUGUGGAUCCUCAGCUACUAGGAAUUCCUGAUUACUUUGAUAUAGUAAAGAACCCCAUGGAUCUUUCUACUAUCAAGAGAAAGCUUGAUACGGGACAGUACCAGGAACCUUGGCAAUAUGUGGAUGAUAUUUGGCUUAUGUUCAAUAAUGCCUGGCUUUACAAUCGUAAAACAUCUAGAGUGUACAAGUACUGUUCAAAAUUGGCAGAGGUUUUUGAACAGGAAAUUGAUCCAGUUAUGCAGAGCCUCGGCUACUGCUGUGGACGAAAGUUGGAAUUUUCACCACAGACUUUAUGUUGUUAUGGCAAACAAUUAUGUACAAUUCCACGAGAUGCUACAUAUUACAGUUACCAAAACAGGUAUCAUUUCUGUGAGAAGUGCUUCAACGAAAUCCAAGGGGAGAGCGUUUCUUUGGGGGAUGAUCCAUCACAACCACAAACCACAAUAAAUAAAGAUCAGUUUUCAAAAAGAAAAAAUGAUACACUGGAUCCAGAACAAUUUGUUGAAUGUAUAGAAUGUGGAAGAAAGAUGCAUCAGAUUUGUGUACUUCACAAUGAAAUAAUCUGGCCAUCUGGCUUUGUCUGUGAUGGCUGCCUAAAAAAAUCUGGACGAACUCGAAGAGAGAACAAAUUUUCUGCUAGAAGAUUACCAACCACCAGACUUGGUAGUUUCUUGGAAAAUAGAGUGAAUGAGUUCCUGAGACGACAGAAUCAUCCUGAGUCAGGCGAAGUCAUUGUUAGGGUGGUUCAUACAUCAGAGAAAACUGUGGAAGUUAAACCUGGCAUGAAAGCAAGAUUUGUAGAUAGUGGAGAGAUGGCAGAACAAUUCCCUUACCGAACAAAAGCACUCUUUGCUUUUGAGGAGAUUGAUGGUGUAGAUUUAUGCUUUUUUGGCAUGCAUGUUCAGGAGUAUGGAUCUGAUUGCCCUCAACCCAACCAGAGGCGAGUAUACAUAUCUUACCUUGACAGUGUUCAUUUCUUCCGCCCUAAAUGCCUGAGGACUGCUGUCUAUCAUGAAAUUCUGAUAGGUUACCUAGAGUAUGUUAAGAAGUUGGGAUAUACAACUGGACAUAUCUGGGCCUGCCCACCUAGUGAAGGAGAUGACUACAUUUUCCAUUGCCAUCCACCUGAUCAAAAAAUUCCCAAACCAAAACGACUGCAAGAAUGGUAUAAAAAGAUGUUGGAUAAAUCUGUGUCAGAGCGCAUUGUCCAUGAUUAUAAGGAUAUUUUUAAGCAAGCAACGGAAGACCGUCUAACAAGUGCAAAAGAGCUGCCCUAUUUUGAAGGAGAUUUCUGGCCAAAUGUUCUAGAGGAGAGCAUUAAGGAAUUAGAGCAAGAGGAGGAAGAGAGGAAAAGGGAAGAGAACACUAGCAACGAGAGCACUGAUGUUAGCAAAGGAGACAGUAAAAAUGCCAAAAAGAAAAACAACAAGAAGACCAGUAAAAAUAAGAGCAGUUUAAGUCGUGGUAACAAAAAGAAGCCAGGCAUGCCCAAUGUCUCCAAUGAUCUUUCCCAGAAACUCUAUGCCACUAUGGAAAAGCACAAGGAGGUAUUCUUUGUGAUCCGUCUCAUUGCUGGUCCUCAAGCCAACUCUCUGCCUCCCAUCAUUGAACCUGACCCACUUAUUCCAUGUGACUUAAUGGAUGGGCGUGAUGCCUUCCUUACUCUUGCCAGAGACAAACAUCUUGAGUUUUCUUCACUACGAAGAGCAAUGUGGUCAACUAUGUGUAUGCUAGUAGAGCUGCAUACACAGAGCCAAGACCGUUUUGUGUACACCUGCAAUGAGUGCAAGCACCACGUGGAGACAAGAUGGCAUUGCACUGUUUGUGAGGAUUAUGACUUGUGCAUUACCUGCUAUAACACUAAAAACCAUGAGCACAAGAUGGAGAAACUUGGCCUUGGAAUUGAUGAUGAGAGCAACAACCAACAGACAGCCACCACUCAGAGUCCUGGUGAUUCACGUCGCCUGAGUAUCCAGCGUUGCAUCCAGUCUUUGGUUCAUGCCUGUCAAUGUCGCAAUGCCAACUGUUCAUUGCCAUCUUGUCAGAAAAUGAAGAGAGUCGUCCAGCACACCAAAGGUUGCAAACGCAAAACCAAUGGAGGGUGUCCAAUUUGCAAACAACUCAUUGCUCUUUGCUGCUACCAUGCUAAGCACUGCCAGGAGAACAAGUGCCCAGUGCCAUUUUGCCUAAAUAUCAAACAUAAACUUCGUCAGCAACAGCUUCAGCAUCGCCUACAACAGGCCCAGAUGCUCCGGAGGAGGAUGGCAAGUAUGCAGAGGACAGGCAUAGUAGGACAACAGCAAGGGUUGCCUUCACCUACACCAGCCACACCAACUACUCCAACAGGCCAGCAGCCACCAACUCCUCAAACACCACAGCCUCAGCCUCCACCACAGCCUGCUUCACAACCACAAUCUGCGCCUCCUAAUAACAUGCCUCCAUAUAGCAUUGCAAGAACUCAACCUCCUGGUGCUGUGUCUCAAGGCAAGGCAGGUGGCCAGAUAACUCCUCCAACAACUCCUCAGACUGUUCAGCCACCUAUCCAGGGUCCUCCUGCAGCUGCCGUGGAAAUAGCCAUGCAGAUACAACGAGUAGCAGAUCACCAGCGGCAGAUGGCUCAUGUUCCAAUCUUCCAGAGGCCUAUUCAACACCCAAUGCCUCAAAUGAAUCCAAUACAGCCUAUGACUGUAACACCACCUCAGAUGGCCAGAGGUCCUGGUGGGCACAUAGACCAAGGGAUGGGAUCAACAGGAAUUCAGCAGCAGCCAGCAUGGGCCCAAGGUGGGUUGCCACAACCUCAGCAGCUGCAGCCCGGAAUGCAAAGACCGACAAUGAUGUCAAUGGCCCAACCUGGACAGCCAAUGAAUAUGUCACAACAACCAGGAAUGGGUCAGGUACCUGGUACAGCUCCAUCAAAACCAGGCUCUCUGCCUCAGGCAGCCUUACAAAACCUGCUGCGGACUCUCAGGUCUCCCAGCUCUCCCAUGCAGCAGCAGCAGGUGCUUAACAUCUUGCAUUCAAACCCUCAGUUGUUAGCUGCUUUCAUUAAGCAACGGGCUGCCAAGUAUGCUGGUAACCCGAAUCCACAAGGCAUGCCGGGACAGCCUGGGAUGCCUCAGGGCCAGCCAGGUCUGCAGCAGCAGCAGCAACAGCAGCAGGUCAUGCCAGGACAACAAGGUGUUCACUCAAAUCCAGCCAUGCAGAACAUGAAUCCAAUGCAAGCAGGUGUUCAGAGGCCUAGCAUGCCUCAGCAGUCACCGCCUCAGCAGCCUCCACCCCAACAAGCCAUGGGUGGGAUGAAUCCUCAGGCACAGCCAAUGAACAUGAAUCAUUCGGGAAUGUCUCCCCAGUUCCGGGAUCUCUUGCUAAGACGACAGAUGAUUGAACAACAGCGUCAGCAGCAGCAACAAGGAACAGGACCAAAUUUAGGUCCUGGCAUAGCCAAUCAUAACCAGUUCCAACAGCCUCAAGGAGUUGGGUAUCAGCAGCAGCAGCAGCAGCAGCAGCAACAGCAGCAGCAACGAAUGCAGCAUCAUAUGCAGCAGUUGCAGCAAGGAAAUAUGGGACAGAUGAGCCAGCUUCCUCAGGCAAUGAGUGCAGACACAGGAUCAAAUUUGCAGCAGGCUUACCAACAGCGAUUACUCCAACAGCAAAUUGGAUCCCCAGCUCAGCCAAAUCCUAUGAGUCCUCAGCAACACAUGCUUCCUAAUCAGGCCCAGUCCCCACACUUACAAGGUCAACAGAUUCCAUCAUCGCUUACCAAUCAAGUUCGUUCUCCACAACCUGUCCCCUCACCACGCCCCCAGUCCCAGCCACCCCACUCCAGCCCUUCCCCUAGGAUGCAGCCUCAACCUUCUCCACAUCACGUCUCCCCACAAACCAGCUCCCCACAUCCAGGACUGGUAGCUGCCCAGGCUAACCCCAUGGAUCAAGGGCACUUUGCCAGCUCGGACCAGAGUGCAAUGCUUUCUCAGCUUGCUAAUAAUCCAGGCAUGGCAGGGCUCCAUGGUGCAGGUGCCACAGAACUGGGACUCAGCUCAGAUAAUUCAGACUUAAAUUCAAAUCUUUCACAGAGUACACUAGACAUACGCUAAGAUACGUUGUAGCAUUUUGGGAGCAAAAAAAAAAACUUAUUUUCUCAAGAGGUUUUGUACUGAAGACAAUUUUUUGAAUCUUUCUUAGCAGAACAUUUUCCCUGGAAUACACCUGAAAUCUGCAACAGUAGUUUGUGGUUUUAAAAACAAACAAAAAAACCCCAACUGAAAUGGGGGACAAUGGAAUACAAAGAAAAUAUAUUUUUGUUAUGGCUGGGACUGUAACCGGUCCUUUUUUUUGUUUUUGUUUUCCCUUCGCGUGCGUUGGGGAGGUGCUUGGGAGUGGAUAGUUGUUUGGCUGCUGACCAAAUGACUUCCUUCACUAGCCUCCAAUAGGUUUUAUUUUUUUUAAAUUAAUGAAAAUAUGUAAUAUUGAUAGUUAUAAUUUACUGAGGCAAAUGGUUAACUUUACCCUAUUCUGGUUUUCCUCUUGUCUACUGCAAAAACAGCAACGAAAACAAAACAAACAAAAAAAAGAACAUUACCUAAACUGGAGGACAAAAAAAAGGUGAAUGUUGCUUUAAAAUUACAGUGCAUAUAUAUAUAUAUAAAUAUAUAUAUAAAUAUAUAUUAAAGAUAAAUACCAAUUUUCUUCCUUGGUUGGAAAGAUGUCAAUUCUUUUAAAAACUGUAAAAAAAAAUAUUAAGAAAUCCAGUCUCCCCUCUGAAGUCUACUUUUGUCCUCCAAGAAUUUUCUAUACCAGAGUCUGAGCUUAAACUUCAAGUAUUAAAAUUUGUACAUGUAGAAAAGAAAACUUUUUUGCAAAUAUAUGGGGGCAGCUGCCAAAUGGAUGUAGUAUAUAUAUUGUGGUUUGUUUUCCUGAAAGAUUUUUUGUUAUUUUUACAUCUAACAAAGGAAAAAACUAAAGAGGGUAAGAAACUAUUCCAAGGGUAAAAUUUUAACCUGAGCAAAAAUCCCUGGGGUUUCUUCUUUAUGCUUGCUUUCUCUUUCCCUUCCUUCCCUUUUUCUCCUCUUCCAUUUUCUGUAAAACUUGAAAAUAGAAAGCAAAAAACCCUCAAAUGUUGUAAAUCAUGCAAUUAAAGUUGAUUACUUAUAAAUAUGAACUUUCGAUCACUGUAUAGACUGUUAAUUGAUUUCUUAUUACCUAUUGUUAAAUAAACUGUGUGAGACAGA